UCCAGACUGAUUCGGUUAAAACAGUCUGAUAAAUGUUGUUUUUACAUUUAUUUCAUUUUUUAUUUUGUCCCAAACUAUAAAAAGGCUGCGAUUAAAUAGUGGCCGUAUUGCGAUCUUAUUUUCUGCCGGUUUAGCGCUCGGACUGCCGCCACCACAAAUUUUCUUAAUAUUUCUCUCGUUAACAUGUAAAGUUACAUCACUGUGCCAUUGUCCAUUUCCGUUUCGUUGCAUCCAGUAACAUUCAAAGACAAACGUCCGAAAUGCGGAACAAAACAGCGCUAGUUUGCUCGCCGCACGGACCAUUCAGCUCGGUCCACCAUCAGACAGUACUGCAAUUCGCUGCGAGAUCCAGAUUUCGACAUCAGAGAUGGAGGAAUUCAUAAAAACAACGGUCUACAAAGAGGAGCGCUUUAAAGGAAACAAAAAAGAGACUGAUAUAACAGUCCAUGUUUUAGAAAAGGAUUUAGAUGCCUGUGCAUUUAUACAGCAAAGACUCACUACCAUAAACACCUCCAAAGAUGCCAACUUCAGGACUGUGAAUUCUGCAAGUUUGCAAAAUCAAAAAAAUGGAUAUUUCUUGUUUUCAUGCAAACGGUCUGGAGCAUGCACGCAACGAAGUCGACGUGCCAAAGGAUGCAAGGCCUAUGUUUCCUUUAAAAAGAGGACAGACUGGCUCAACAAACUGGUUAUAGUCGAAAGGCUUUACACCAUUCAUUCAGGACAUGACCCAUCAAGUUCUUCUGAGGGCCACUUAGAAAACAUUAGUCAAGAGCUAGUCAAGCAUAUCCAGGAUUUAAUAUCUCUUGGUGUUAAACCAGAUACAAUUCACAUGAGUGGUCAAAAGAACAAGGACAUACUGAUCUCAACAACCGAGCUUAUUUUGUUACCCCAAAAGAUAUUGAAAAUAUUCGCACAUGUAUGAUGCGAAAAAAUCAGCAACACAAAGAUGAUGCCACUAGUACCUCACGCCUUCUGGAGGGCCCUUUUAAAGACUAUGUUAUUUUUUAUCAGCCUUAUAGUCCUCAAACAGAUCUUGUCAUAGUUCUGCAAACACCGUCCAUGAGAGACAACCUUCAAGAAUACGGAAGAGAUAUUGUUUUUAUGGAUGCGACACAUGGUGUCAACCAGUACGGUUUUCCUUUAUUUACAUUACUUGUCAGGGACAGUCAUGGUCAUGGAAUCCCUGUUACCUAUAUCAUCUUGGGGAAUGAAAAGCAAGAGACACUUCAGUUGGCACUGGAAGAACUGAAACCAACAUUUCCUGUACCUCCGAGGUGCUUUAUGGUUGAUAAAGACCAGGCUGAAAUCAAUUCCAUCCGUAAGGUAUUCAAUGAGUCAGACGUUCUCCUCUGUUGGUACCAUGUAACACAAGCAGUAACUCGAUGGCCGUCAAGAUCUGAAUCUGGUGUGAGUGGACCUGAAAAGGCAGAUUCAAGAGCGCACAUCAUGCAGUUCAUGUCAGAGCUGAAAUCCUGUUCAACGGUGUGUUUCUAUUUCAAUUGUUUUAAAGUACAAUUUUAUCUUGUAAUGUGACAUUCAUGAAACUUUGGUAACAAGCUUGUAACAAUAUUUCGUUUAUAAAGUAUAAAGUUUUUAUAAAAUGUUGUGUACG